GAAGCAGAGUGUUCUUCUUCAGAUCCCUCUUGUUUCUUAGGGAAUGUCAUGCCUUCGACGCUACGCUAUGACUCACUGAAUCUUCCAAUGAGUUUUGUGAGAGCAAAUGGUCUAGAGACAAGAUGUGGAGAGAUUGUUCUGAUGAAUGAAAAAGGUAGAUCAUGGACUCUAACUUUAAAACCAAGACAAUGUGGAAGAAGUCGCAUCACAGGAGGGUGGAGAGGUUUCUGUAGUGCCAAUGGACUCAAGGCUGGUGAUCUCUUCACUUUCAAACUCAUCAAAAGAGGUGCAACACUGGUUCUUCUACUUAAGUCUCCCUCCCAACAAGAAGAUGAGGGCUCAGAAGCUGAUGAGGAAAUAGAGUCUCUUUCCACAGAAUCUGACAGCCAUGAUGAAGAGAGCAACCAAGAUGAGAAAAGGCGUAUAUCAAUAUGGAAAGCUUCAUCUUCACCAUCCCUAAACAGAUUUGUGACAUUAACUCUUAAACCUUACAAUGUCACAAAGUGUAUACUGUUUCUUCCCAAACCCUUCACAGAUCUACAUGGCAUCACUGUGGGAACGAAAAUGAGUCUACUGGAUAAACAGGGUGUGAAGUGGUGUACGAAACUGCGUUCUGAAGGUAAAAGAAUCAGAAUGGCAGGAGGAUGGAAGGGUUUCUUCAAAGCUAACUGUGUAAAGACAGGUGAAUCAAUCAAGUUGAAGCUGAUUUGGGAAGAUGACACAAGUUGUGUCCUUAAGUUCUACUCCAAGGUGGAGUAGCCAUGGAUAAAAUGGAAACUGUUUCAGCUUUGCUUUAGUACCAAAGACAAACUGAAACAAAUCAAUGUUGCUCUUCUUCUUCUUCUUCUUCUUUUUUUAAGGUAAGAUUUAACAAUGGUUUGCUUGCUUAGUGUGUAUUUUAAGUAUGUUGUAGGAUCUGUGUCAUUUGACUGACCUUGGUCUAGGGUACUAUUAUUUCAUGGAAUCUCAACUUGUCACAAUAA